UUAAUUUUUCUUUUGAUGGCUGCACAGGAACAUGAAAGCCUUUAGACUAGGUUUACCUUUUUGGAUUGCUUACCACAGGCUCCAUUAUGCCACAGUGUUUUACACCCAGCCUGCCCAGCAUUUGUUGGCUACCUAUGUGGUCCUUGCAUGGUCAGGUGACCUCUGAGGCCACUCAGAGUUCUGACUGCCUGUCCUACCUCAAGUCUGAUCCUUAAACCCACAGCUCUCCAGCUAGGCUCUGGGUGGCUGUGGUCCCGGAAGACACCAUGUAUCACACUUCCAACUCCACAUACCGACCCACAAGCAGCCCACUCCAAGACAACCAGGACACUCUGCCGGAGAAGCUGCUGGAUCGCCACAUCCCCGGCCUGCCUAGGCCUGAGGACCACUUCAACGGCACCUACCUGAUCUUCUUCAGCAUGGGCAUAGGAAGCCUACUGCCAUGGAACUUCUUUAUCACUGCCAAGGAGUACUGGGCAUUCAAGUUCCACAACAGUUCCAGCCCGGGCUCCGGGAGGGACCCCGAGGACUCAGACAUCCUGAACUAUUUUGAGAGCUACCUGGCCAUCGCCUCCACUGUGCCCUCCCUGCUGUGCCUCGUGGCCAACUUCCUGCUUGUCAACAGGGCUCCGGUCCAUGUCCGUGUCCUGGCCUCGCUGACCAUCAUGGUGGCCGUCUUCGUGGUGAUGAUUGCACUAGUGAAGGUGGACACGUCCUCCUGGACCCGAGGCUUCUUCAUUGUCACCAUUGUCAGCGUGGUUAUCGUCAGUGGCUCCUCCACCAUCUUCAGCAGCAGCAUCUUUGGCCUGACGGGCUUUUUCCCCAUGAGGAAUGCCCAGGCAAUGAUCUCAGGAGGAGCCAUGGGAGGGACCCUGAGUGCUGUGGCCUUGGUGGUAGACCUGGCAGUGUCCAGAGAUGUGCAGGAGAGCGCCCUGGCCCUCUUCCUCGUCGCAGCCAUCUUCCUUGGGCUCUGCAUGGGGCUCUACCUACUGUUAUCCCGGCUGGAGUAUGCCAGGUACUAUUUGAGGCCAGCUUGUCCAGUCCACGUGUUUUCUGGUGAAGAAGAGCCAACACAGGACUCCCCCAAUGCCCCCUUGCUAUCCCUCCAACCCCAAGAGUCCCACACACCACCCCUGCAGCCCAUCCUGAAGAAGACUGCUGGCCUGGGCUUUUGCAUCAUCUAUACCUUCUUCAUCAGUGGCCUCAUCUUCCCCGCCAUCUCCACCAACAUCGAGUCCCUGCACAAGGCUUCCGGCUCACCAUGGACCACCAAGUUCUUUGUGCCCCUCACCGUCUUCCUCCUGUACAGCUUUGCCGACCUUUGUGGCCGGCAGAUCACUGCCUGGAUCCAGGUGCCGGGCCCCAAGAGCAAAGUGCUCCCUGGGCUUGUGCUCCUGCGCACCUGCCUCAUCCCCCUCUUCAUGCUGUGCAACUAUCAGCCCCGCUCCCACCUGACCACUGUGCUCUUCCAGUCUGACAUCUACCCCAUGCUCUUCAUCUGCCUGCUGGGGCUCAGCCACGGCUACCUCAGCACCCUCGCUCUCAUCUAUGGCCCCAAGAUUGUGCCCCGGGAGCUGGCCGAGGCCACUGGGGUGGUAAUGUCCUUUUACCAGAUGGUGGGCUUGGUGCUGGGCACCUCCUGCUCGGCUGUGCUGGAGCACCUCAUCUAGGAGGGGCAGACAGAGCAUCGGUGCUGCACGUGGCGCUGGGCUGCUGGUGGCCAGGGACUUGGAUGGCAGAGGAGAAGGGGCCGGUGUUUCUCUUGAUGUACAGGACACAGCCCACCGGGGUUUCCUCGGUUCUAGGACACUAGGGAGCAGUGUCCUUGCCAGUUCUACGCAAGGAGAGACAUUUGCGACACUUGCACAUAGUACUAGAGCGUUUGAAGGAGGACUGUAAAGCGAGUCACCGCACUCCCAGCAAACGAUCACAUCUGUUGGCUUGCAAGGGCCUGGGGUAGCACUCUGUGCUCUCCAGCCUUGCCUCUUCCAGCCCACAGCAAGAUGAAAAGGGGGUUGUCAUCCUUCUCUUCUCUGAGGGGUCCCUCUAGGGCAGCCAGUCCUCAGCCCUAGCGCCCAAGCCUGCACUAACCCCUGUGCUCUGCCCAUGAGAGAGCCCAGAAUGCAAGAUCAGAGAGGCAGGCUUCCUGCACCGUUGCCCUCAGCGGGCCUCCAGAGAUUUCCCUAGUUAAGGACUAAGCGAGGCAGGCCUGGGUUUUCAGACUUGGGUUGUGGGCUUCAUGGCUGGUCUACAGCCCACUCCUGCCCCAGGGCAGAGGACUAGGAUGUUGAUGCUUACAACCUGUCAAGGCCUUUGGAUGGAGGACACGGUAAAUACUGGGUAUUGAACAUGAACCCUGUUGGUAUUGGUCAGUCUGGGAAGCUGUUAGAAGGAAGCAGCAUAUUAACAUUGGAUAAUUCGGGGAUAUUUGGUUUGCAAUACCAGGGAUUGAACCCAGAGCCUCAUGCUUGCUAGGCAAGAAUUCUACCACUGAGGUUUAGAUCUCACUCCAAAUUUGAGGAUAUUUUAAGAGAAGAUGUAGGAGCUUCAAGGGUUGUAUACAUUACCCAAAAGCCUUGAUGCUUUUCUACCCUGUACCUGAAGGGGAGAGGAUAGUGAAACCUUUUAGAACCCAGAUAUUUAACCUUGCCUAGAUGAAGAGGGGCCACGGGCAGCCAGCUGUGAUACCUCAUUGCCUUUGCCUCUUCUUCCUCCUCCUCUUCUCCCUCCUCCUCCACCCCUUCCUCUUAUGCUUCUUCCUCCUCUGGGCCUCUGGGGACAGAAACUGUCCAGGGUCUCUGGUGGGGAAGCUUUCAUGUUCACUGUUGACAUUUAGCCAUGGUGCUCUGGCUUUGACUCAGCAGAACUCCACGUUGCUGGUCUUGGUUUGUCACCGGUAGCUGUGUUGACAUUGUUACAGAAGACAACUCCCAGGCGGCUCCAUCGCCCUGUUGCAAUGCCUGACACCAAUAAUAACAGGUUUCUUCAGGUGCCUGGAAAGCUCUGGCAAGACUGAUCAUCAGGGGGAGAGGCUGGCUUGGGCAAGAGGUUG